UUCUUUUUUCUUUUCUUUUCUUUUCUUUUUUUUUUUAAAUAUUUACUCGCUAAAUAUCCCAAAAUACGUUUCCGUCCAGAAUCACAUGAACGAAUUAACUUCCAUACUCACUUCUGGCUUCUUCUCUGCAAUCAGAAAGUGCUGCCUUCUCUUUGUUUUUCCAACGAUUCGUAUUUCUGGAUCGUAGUUUUUCCCUUGCUUUUCCUUGCUGAAAUUGUUUUUGUUGUUUUAUUAUUCAAGUAAAGGCGUGGGUGGUAGCUUGCCUGCUACUUAUCCUCCAAAACAAGUGGGAAUCAUGCUUAUGCGUUGCUUGAGCUAAAAAGCUAUCCAAACGUUCCCCAACUCAACUUUCAGAUAGCCAAUUUCUGUGUCUUUCCCAGGAUUUCUCUACCCUUAUCAUUUAAAUCCACUGCGGUUAGAGAAAAGGAGUUCAUAUUCACAAAAUCUUAUUGAAGAUAUAAAUGGCAACGCUGGGGGAUAUAGGGCUUUCGGCGGCUAUCAAUCUUCUAAGUGCAAUAGUUUUCCUUUUAGCAUUCGCAAUUUUAAGGCUACAACCCUUCAAUGAUAGAGUUUACUUCCCAAAAUGGUAUCUUAAGGGCUUAAGAAGUAGUCCUACGCGCUCUGGAGCUUUUAUGCAGAGAUUUGUCAAUUUAGACUUCAGAUCGUAUCUGAGAUUUCUAAAUUGGAUGCCUGAAGCAAUCCGAAUGCCAGAGCCUGAGCUUAUUGAGCAUGCGGGGUUGGAUUCUGCUGUUUACUUGCGCAUUUACUUGAUAGGGCUUAAGAUUUUUGUUCCUAUCACAUUUCUUGCUUGGGCUAUCCUGGUUCCAGUUAAUUGGACUAAUGACACCUUGGAGCUAGCAAAGCUUUCUAGCAAUGUGACUUCCAGCGACAUUGACAAGCUUUCAAUUUCAAAUAUCCCGCUUGGGUCGGAAAGAUUUUGGACGCAUAUAGUGAUGGCUUAUGCCUUUACGUUUUGGACAUGCUAUGUGUUAAUGAAGGAGUAUGAGAAAGUUGCUACAAUGCGUUUGCAGUUUCUUGCCUCAGAAAGACGUCGUCCUGAUCAAUUUACAGUCCUUGUUAGGAAUGUGCCACCAGAUCCUGAUGAAUCUGUUAGUGAGCUUGUGGAACACUUCUUUCUGGUCAAUCAUCCAGAUCACUAUCUUACUCAUCAGGUGGUGUACAAUUCAAACAAACUAGCCAAGUUGGUGAAGAAGAAGAAAAGUAUGCAGAAUUGGCUUGACUACUACCAACUUAGAUAUUCUAGGAAUCAAACGCAGAGGCCUUUGAAGAAGACUGGUUUUCUUGGGCUUUGGGGGCAAAAGGUGGAUGCAAUUGAUCAUUACAUCUCUGAGAUUGAGAAACUAUCAAAAGAAAUAGCAGAAGAGAGGGAAAAAGUGGAAACGGAUCCGAAGUCUGUCAUGCCAGCAGCAUUUGUUUCUUUCAAAAGUAGAUGGGGAGCUGCUGUUUGUGCACAAACUCAACAAUCAAGAAACCCAACUUUGUGGUUAACAGAGUGGGCUUCAGAGCCACGUGAUGUAUAUUGGGAUAACCUUGCAAUACCAUAUGUUUCACUCGCAAUUAGGAGGUUGAUAAUGAAUGUUGCAUUCUUUUUCCUUACCUUCUUUUUCAUGAUUCCAAUUGCCUUUGUGCAAGCUCUUGCAAGCAUUGAGGGAAUUGAGAAAAGAGCUUCCUUUCUAAAGCCCAUUAUUGAAAUAAAAUUUAUUAAAUCACUUAUCCAAGGGUUUCUACCUGGCAUUGCAUUGAAACUUUUCCUGAUCUUCUUGCCAACAAUAUUAAUGAUCAUGUCUAAAUUUGAAGGUUUCACAUCUUUGUCAUCUCUAGAAAGGAGAUCAGCCAUGCGAUAUUAUUUUUUCAACAUUGUAAAUGUAUUCCUUGGAAGCAUCAUAGCUGGAAGUGCAUUUGAACAACUCAACUCUUUUAUGAAGCAGUCUGCUAGCGAAAUUCCUAAAACAAUUGGUGUGGCUAUUCCAAUGAAAGCAACUUUCUUCAUAACAUACAUAAUGGUUGACGGAUGGGCAGGAAUAGCCGGAGAAGUUUUAAUGUUGAAGCCUCUGAUAAUCUUCCACCUGAAGAAUUUCUUCCUGGUGAAGACUGAAAAGGAUAGGGAAGAGGCAAUGGAUCCUGGAAGCCUUGGUUUCAAUACCGGCGAACCUCGUAUACAAUUUUAUUUUCUGUUAGGUCUUGUAUAUGCAACAGUGACACCAAUUCUUCUUCCAUUCAUAAUAAUUUUCUUCGCCUUUGCUUAUGUCGUGUUUCGUCAUCAGAUCAUAAAUGUCUACAAUCAAGAGUAUGAGAGUGGUGCAGCAUUUUGGCCUGAUGUUCAUGGACGCGUUAUCAUUGCAUUGAUAAUCUCACAGGUGCUUUUGAUUGGACUGUUGAGUACAAAGCAUGCUGCUCAGUCAACGCCAUUUCUCAUUGCCCUACCUGUACUCACUAUAUGGUUCCAUAGUUUCUGCAAAGGCCGCUAUGAACCUGCAUUCAAAAAAUAUCCCUUACAGGAAGCCAUGAUGAAAGACACCCUUGAACGUGCAAGGGAACCAAACCUGAAUUUGAAAGCCUAUCUCCAAAAUGCAUACAUGCAUCCAGUUUUCAAAGGUGAUGACGACGACGAUGAUGAUAUAAGUGAAAAAUUGGAGACGGAGAGUGUGCUAGUCCCCACGAAACGCCAAUCACGAAGAAAUACACCUGUGCCUAGCAGAAUUAGUGGUGCAUCUUCACCAUCUUUGCCUGAAGCUAUUAAGGAAGAUCCAGAGCCUUAAAUCCCACGUAGGAGACUUAAAUCUCACUGUACAUUUUGUCACGCUGCAGGGUAACAAUACUGUAAAUCUGUGAAAGAGGAGAAAGGAAAGUGGCCAGUUUGAAGCAUUCAAAUAUUCCAAGAAGAAAUGGAAGCUCUGGAUUUUGUGGUGGAAACUGGUUGAAUGGUACACACCUCAAGUGAAAGAUGAAUGUAGAUUGUAUAAAGGACAUGCAUUGGUGUUUCUAUAAGAUUUUUGUAUCCAUACGCUUAGACCAUGUGUGUAGUUAUUAGAAAGGACAGUUGCUUAUAGAUUUUCUGUUCAUAUUGUUUGGUUCGGGACUCUAUUACAUAAUAAUUUUAAGAAUUGAGAAAUUCAAAAUU